AUGGAUGGCGAUAAUCGCCGAUUAAAACACCAUGACCGCCUGAGAGCCCUGGGCCAUUCCAACUCGGCUCGAUUUACGGCCAUGAACAACUCGCGCGUUGUAGACUCGGCCGCCCUGUCGGCUGCGGAGAGGGCCCAGCAGAUGCCCUACACCGGCUAUGGAGGAUACACAGGGACAGCCUUCCAAGCCGGUUCGUUGCAGGCGAAUGAGGUACCUGGGGCUUACCAGCAGGACUUUGCGCGCCAUCAGCAGCAGCAACCACCGCAAACACCGCAAACACCGCACCACCAUAGACAACAACAACAACAACAACAACAACAACAACAACAACAGCGUCGCGGACAACCUCAACAGCAACAUUCCCAAGACGUACAACCCCAGCAGCAGCCGACCUUCAAUCCAUACGAGUCGGCCAUGCUGUACGGCUUUCAAGGCCCAUCCACCCACAGUCAGGGCGCCUACGAGGUGGUGCCACAGUACUCGACGCGGCAGUCUGCAGCCACGAUGGAUGCUCUGUCGAACCAGUUUGGAGUUCCACAAUACUAUGCGCCAGAGGAAUCAUCUCGCGCCGGGGUGGUUCCUCAGUCGGUGCUUUCGCCCUAUCUGAGCGCGCAACUCCAGCAGCAGCCAUAUAGUACCAACCAGCAGGUUGCGUCCAUCGCGCGUCCCAAUACGACAGCACAGCAGCCCUUCGCUGCUACGAUGGCGGAUUUUUCUUCGAUUGGCACUGCACCGACAGCGCGAAUCGACCCGCAACAACAUCACCAGCAACAGCAACUAUCUGCAGACCCCAGUCUGGACGAGGCAUACACACAGUAUCAACGCGCACUCCUCCUCACCUUCGAACACACCCGCGCAGGCCGACUAGUCGAAGCAAGCCGCUCCCUCCUCGAAAUUUCCGAGUGGCUUGUCACGAACGCACGCGAUCUCGGAAUCCUCCGCGACGACCACCUCCUCCACGCAGACCGGGUCCAGCUCUGGAGCGACUUCAAUCUGUGCUGGCUGGCCGUGUGCCAGAAACAGAAGGAUCUGACGCGUGACCUCGUUGCGACGGGCCAUCAGCCACCGCAGACGAGUCUGCUGCACCGUGAGCGGCUGGAGGCCAUGGGAAAGGAUCUGAUCCACCUGUGCGAUCAGCUUGAGCAGCACGGCCUGGUCGAUUAUCAGGUGGGGGUGUGGGAAGAGGAGAUCCUUUGCGUGCUCGGCCAAUGUCUAGAUCUGAUCGAAGCCAGACCCGAUCUGCUCCGUCUCCAGACCGUCCCUGAACCCGCUGCCGCGACACCUUGA